CGUGUGCGGGCCAUAGGCCGACAGGCGCCCGCGGAUGCAGCACUAGUCUACCGUCUCCUUCCUCGGCUCGACAACUAUGCACGUAUAUAUACUGCAUCGGGGUUCGUACCUGGGGAGUGGAUGGCAGCUGUGCAGCCACCAUGUCGAACUCCUUCGCGCAGACCGUUGUCGCCUCGCUGUUCCUGGCCGCCAUCACGGGCACCAAUGCCCAGGUGCUGGCCCCGGCCAACGAUAUCUUGUUUCCUUCCACCGAAACGAACCAGAACCCUCUGGUGUACGCGGGAGGAAACACGCCGUAUUUUGCUGGCCCCAAUGUCUUCGGCAUCGACAACAGCGUGCCCGACCAGUGCACCGUGCAGCAAGCCGCGUAUGUCGUGAGGCAUGGUAGCAGAUUUCCCGACACGGGCUCUUACAAGUCUUGGGUCGCCAUCAAGGACAAGAUCCAAACCGCGGUCAAUGGCACCGGCUUUGAGGCCCGUGGCUCCUUGGCCUUUAUCCCGGACUGGAGCCCGGUUCUGACCAAUCCCACCUUGCAAAUCGCGCAGGAGUCCAUGACCGGCUGGAAGGAGGCCUCAGACCUGGGCUACCAGCUGCGGGCGCGAUAUCCCCAUUUCUACGAGGAUGGCAACCCGUUCUACGCCUGGGCCAACGCCUACGCCUCUCCGGUCAACGAGUCGCGCGUGGUGCAGACCGCGCGGGCCUUUGUCAAUGGCUACCUGUACGAGUUUGCUGAUACCUACGGCACCGUAGUCAGCGUCAACUCGACCGGCUCUGUCAGCGCCAUCGGGAACUCCCUGGGCCCCUCUGAUAUGUGCCCCGCCUUUGCAGCCAUCUCCAGCGGCGGGAACAACGUCACCGACUUCGAUGCGACCUGGACCCCACAGGCCCUCCAGCGCAUCAAUUCGAUGGUCAGCGGCAACUUGACCUUCGACGAGUCGGACAUUCUCUUCUUCCCCUAUCUGUGCGGGUACGAGAGCCAGCUCACCGGCCGUCUGAGCCCCUGGUGCGGCGUGUUUACCGAGGAGGAGUUGCGCAACUACGCUUACUCCCAGGACCUGAGCUACUACUACGAUGUCGGUCCCGGCUCGGUGGGGCCGGCCAAAGUCCUCUUCCUCCCGUUCCUCAACAGUCUGAUGAGUCUCCUGAGCCAGGGCCCGGGCCAGGUGGGCACCGAUGCCGAGGGGGGCAACUUUACGGUUCCCAACCUGAUCAUGGCCUUUUUGAACGAUAACCAGAUCGCUGAGAUGACGGCGGCCAUGGGCAUCUUCGACGAUGAACCCCUGCUGCCCAUUGACUACCGUCCGGAGUCCCACCUGUACAACAUUGCCCACUGGAUCACCAUGCGCGGCACCGUGGCCUUUGAGGUCCUCGACUGCGCGGUUGAGUCGCGCCGCAAAACCUCCCACCAACAGUACAUCCGCGUGUUGUUCAACGAUGCGGUCUACCCCAUCGCCAGCUGCCAGAACGGGCCGGGACGCAGUUGCUUGCUGUCCAAUUACAUGGCGCUGCUGAAGAAGAAGAGCCAGGCCGCGGGGAGCUUCAAUGACUACUGCAAUGUCACGGUGGCCGGGCACCCGGAGACCGUCGCGGGGGCCAGUUUCUUCACCGACCUGUCGCUGGACUUUUUGAGUUUUGUCAAGCCGUAAACGGGAGGCCACGCUUGAUCCAAAGCAUUCACACGGUCAGAGUUGUGGUUGGCCCUGGAUGGGAGAACUUGGGGGUGACGUAUAAAAGGGAAGGGGUUUCCCUUCGUGGCAUUGUGUAUAUCUGGGGGUUCUAAUUUCUCGUCCGAUCACAUAUGCCAAAUAUCUACCCAUUGUAGUGGGUGAUACCGAUUAGCUUAAUGCAGGACCGUCGGUAGGCGCGGUCCCAAGUGAGUUGUGAUACUAGCCUGUUCUCUCCUUCUCAUAAAGUCAAUCAUCC